GGGCGGGGCGGCCGCGCGGACGGAGGCGAGAUGGCGGCCGCUGAGGGUGUUGGGGAGGCUGCGCAGGGCGACGAGCCGAGUCAGCCCGAGCCACCGCCUCCCCAGCCGCGCCCGCCGCCCCAGCCGCCGCGGCAGGAGGAUGUGAUGGCGGCCGAGGCCGGAGACGCAGUGGCGUCCCCUAUGGACGACGGGUUCCUGAGCCUGGACUCGCCCACCUACGUGCUGUACAGAGACAGAGCAGAAUGGGCUGAUAUAGAUCCAGUGCCGCAGAAUGAUGGCCCCAAUCCAGUGGUCCAGAUCAUUUAUAGUGAAAAAUUUAGAGAUGUUUAUGAUUAUUUCCGGGCUGUUCUGCAGCGUGAUGAAAGAAGUGAACGCGCUUUUAAACUAACAAGAGAUGCUAUUGAGCUAAAUGCAGCCAAUUAUACGGUGUGGCAUUUUCGGAGAGUUCUCUUAAAGUCACUUCAAAAGGAUCUGCAUGAGGAAAUGAACUACAUCACUGCAAUAAUUGAGGAACAGCCCAAAAACUAUCAAGUUUGGCACCAUAGGCGAGUAUUAGUGGAAUGGCUAAAAGACCCAUCUCAGGAGCUCGAGUUUAUUGCUGAUAUUCUUAAUCAGGAUGCAAAGAAUUAUCAUGCCUGGCAACAUCGACAAUGGGUUAUUCAGGAAUUUAAACUUUGGGAUAAUGAGCUGCAGUAUGUAGACCAACUUCUUAAAGAGGAUGUGAGAAAUAACUCUGUCUGGAACCAAAGAUACUUCGUAAUUUCUAACACAACUGGCUACGAUGAUCGUGCUGUGUUGGAGAGAGAAGUCCAGUACACUCUGGAAAUGAUCAAACUAGUACCACAUAAUGAAAGUGCAUGGAACUAUUUGAAAGGGAUUUUGCAGGAUCCUGGUCUUUCCAAAUAUCCCAAUCUGUUAAAUCAAUUACUUGAUUUACAACCAAGUCACAGUUCCCCUUACCUAAUUGCCUUUCUUGUGGAUAUCUAUGAAGACAUGCUAGAAAACCAAUGCGACAACAAGGAGGACAUUCUUAAUAAAGCAUUAGAGUUAUGUGAAAUCCUAGCUAAAGAAAAGGACACUAUAAGAAAGGAAUAUUGGAGAUACAUUGGAAGAUCCCUUCAAAGCAAACACAGCACAGAAAGUGACCCACCAACAAAUGUACAGCAAUAACACCAUCUAGAAGAACUUGAUGGAACGCUUUUAUUUUUUUAAGAGACUCUAAUGCAGGAGUUUAAAACUAGAGCGAGCAUUCCCUUUGCCUGUGGUGUAAAAUGUGCAUCGUGCAGGUACUGCUUUUUAACAAGAACUAGGUGUGAUGCUGCUUGGGUGCUGCUGCUAUUCAGACUAGCUCUAAGUAAUGUGAUUGUUUCCUAAAGCAAAGUAAUUCGGGGGGUGGGAGAAGAAACAGAAAGUCCCAUAAAGGAACUUUUGUAGUCUUACCAACAUUUACUCUAAUCCCUUAGCAUCAGCUCCUCCCUAAAUGAUAUAUGCGUCAGGAUUUGCAGCAUUAAUGAUUACAGGUCACUUGUAUGUAAUGGAUAUGAGGUAACUUAGUUUCGGUUCAGGAAGCAGGGAAUGCAGUUGUUACAUUAGAGCUGCUGUGCCAUGCUCACAGUAUCUUGCUAUCACUGUAACCAACUAAUGCCAAAAGAAUGGUUUUGUAAUAAAAUAUAGAUGUAUCCUAAAA